UUUGCGCCGAUGGAAAAUUCACAAGCAACUGUUUAGUUUCAUUUCUACAAUGUUCAUCUACAGACUUGUCUUUAUUGCGCCUCUGAUAUUUGUUUUGAUCGGAAUAGUUAAGGCUCGGCAUCCCUUCGACAUUUUCCAUUGGAAUUCUAAAGAUUUUGAGGAGUGUCUGCAUGAUAAUAAUAUUACCAUAUCGGAAUACGAAAAAUACGCGCGGUUCGAGACUCUGGAUUAUCUACUUAACGAGAAUGUGGACCUUAGGUACAAGUGUAAUAUUAAAUGCCAGCUGGAAAGGGAUUCCACGAAAUGGUUUAAUGAUGAAGGUAAAAUGGAUCUGGAACUGAUGAAAACCACUAAUAAGGCAGGGGAAUUUAUUACCAAGUGCAUGGAUGAGGCUUCCGAAGAACCUUGUGCGUACAGCUUCAAACUGGUGAUUUGUGCUUUUAUGGCCGGUCAUCCCCGAUCCGUUAAUAGUUAUUAAUCCAUAAAUAGAUAUAUAUCAGUAUGUGAUAUUAAGACAGUGAUUUGAGAUAGUUAACAGUGAAAAUCUUACGAAGUUUCAGGAGAAUAUUGACUUACUGUUAAGCAAGUAAAGCCUAUCCGAAAACAAACACUUUAAGCAAGUGGAAAAUUUUGCACUACCUAUUAAAUUUAGGCUUACAAAUAAUUACCGCUUCUGAUAUUGAUUUUUAGCACAGUGUGAACAAUACCUUUUCCCAGAAUAUAAAUCAUGUUUAAAUUGUGUGCAAAUUAAAUCAAGAAAAAAUAUAGAUGAGUAGCUUAUUUCAUAA